AGAUAGCAACUUCAAAUCAAAUCAAAACCACAACUACUUUUUACUUUCAACCUUCAAAUAAUACUACAUUCAAAAUGACUGGAGAAUCUACUGUACAAAAGGUCAAGGAGGUCCUUCACAUCGGUUCCCACAAGGACAAGGACCAUACCACCUCUAGCACAACACACAACACCACCGGUACUACUGGCACACAUGUUCCAGGUACCACCCACAACACCACCGGCACUACUGGUACACACGUUCCAGGCACCACUCACAACACCACCGGUACUACUGGCACCCACGUUCCAGGUACUACCCACAACACGACCGGCACUACUGGUACACACGUUCCAGGUACCACUCACAACACUACCGGUACCACUGGCACCCACAUCCCAGGCACAACACACACUGGUCAUGCUGAGGGUUCUCACGGACCUCACAGCUCCGCUGCUGCCAAUGCCGUUGAUCCAAGAGUCGACUCUGAUCUAGACGGAAACCGUCUUCCAAACAAGACCUCUGCUGGUUAUGGUACUCAAGAUGCAGCCUAUGGCACAACUGGUACUCACACUGGCACCCACACUGGUGCACAUGUCCCAGGCACUACUGGCCACCAAGCUUAUGGACACACUGGAACAACCGGCACCACCGGCACCCAUAUUCCAGGUACAACUCACACUGGACACUCUGAGGGCUCCCAUGGACCUCACAGCUCCGCUGCUGCCAAUGCCGUUGAUCCAAGAGUCGACUCUGACUUAGAUGGAAACCGUCUUCCUAACAAGACUUCCGCUGGUUACGGUACUCAAGAUACUUACGGCAGUGGUCUUACUGGUACUCACCACCAAGGUACAACCGCUGGCAACACUGUCGGAGGAACUGGUUUCGGUGGAGGAAUUUCCCACAGCACCAAUGCUGGCCCUCACAACUCAAACAUUGCCAACACUGCCGACCCAAGAGUCGACAGCGACUUGAGCAGCACUGGUAACCGCCAUGGAGCUUCCACUGGACACUCUGCAUUCGGUGUUUCCGGCUCCCACGCCACUCCCGGCUCAGGAACUGCUCAGAACACUGCUGGUCCACACAACAGCGAUAUGUUGAACAAGGCUGAUCCAAGAGUUGAUGCUGAUCUUGAUGGUUCCAAGACGUUGGGAGGAAACAAGACCUACCAAUAAACCACAUGUACAAUGGUACCCAUGCUGAACGCGGCAUGAAUUUGCGAUACCCGAGGAUUGGGCAUACCCGCGUAAAUGGGGGAGCUUCUAUUAUCUUCACACGAUUGUCAGUUUAGGCUUUGGGUUUUCUUUUAUCUGCAUAUGAUGGAUGGA